GUGGCGGAGUUCGGAUACAAGCGGAAGAUGGAACGUGUAGACCCUCAGCCCGCAGAUGACACCGUCAGCUUCGAAGGCCGCUGGUCUUUGAAGGACACCAUUCCAAAAGAUGCCAGCGGAGGUCUCGGGGAAGCGGCAGCCACGCUUAGACUUGUGCAGCCAGAUUUGCGCGCGGGCUGA